AUGAAGGUCGCUAUCAUCGGUGGAGGCCUGGGUGGUCUGGCGUGUGCAAUUGCUUGUCGCCGUGGAGGUAUUGAGGUGGAAGUGUUUGAGCGAUCCACCGAAGUCCACGAAGUUGGAGCUGGCAUACAAAUCCCGCCUAAUGGCACCAGGAUAAUGCGCCAUUUUGGCCUACUUUCCCAAUUACUUGAGAAAGGGAGUCAGGUACAACAAGUGCAUUUUCGGAGAUACAAAGAUGGACAUAUUCUGCGAUCAAUGCCAUUCGGGGAUGAUAUUACGGAGGAGUUCGGAGCGCCGUGGAUAAUUAUUCAUCGCGUGGAUUAUCAUCGUAUUCUGCUCGAUGAAGCAAUCCGACUUGGGGCUGUCCUUAAAUUGGGGGCAGAGGUAGUGGACAUCUCCACAGAUGAACCGGCCAUUCUUCUUGCUGAUGGGAGACGCAUAUCGGUAGAUGUUGUGAUUGGUGCCGAUGGGCAAAUGUCUACGGCCAGGAGAGCCGUUCUCGGAGCACCUCACUCGCCAAUACCGACAGGCGAUAUGGCUUACCGAGCAACUUUCUCACGGGAGCAGCUAGAGGCCUUGGAGGACGACAAAAUAAACGAUCUGUGCAGGGAAAUGGCUGUGACUAGCUGGCUGGGCCCAGAGAAGCACACCAUUUUCUAUCCCGUCCGUGGUGGGAAGGAGUAUAAUCUUGUUCUCAUACGACCUGAUAACUUGUUGUCAGGUCUUCGUAAAGAGGAGGGUGAUAUUGAGGAAAUGCGAGCUAGCUAUGCCGACUGGGAUGAGGUAUUGCAAAAGCUGGUUUCUUGUGUGCCAUCGGUAUAUAAGUGGAAAUUGACCCAUCUUCCUGAGCUGGAAUCGUGGACCAAGGGGUCGGUUGCUCUUCUUGGUGAUGCAUGUCACCCUACUUUGCCGUAUCAGGCACAAGGGGCAGCAAUGGCAGUCGAAGAUGGGGCAGUCAUUGGUAGGCUUCUUGGAUUAUUGCAGGCUCAUAAUCUAGAGGCUGAAAACACUGGAAACGACCCUUCAAUAUCGACACGAUCUUCAGCUCAGGAUCUCACAGCCGCAGUGUUGGCUCUCUAUGAGAAAACCCGAAAAGCACGAACCACACGAAAUGUUCAAGGAGCAAUCAUGAAUCGAAAACUCUUUCAUAUUCAUGAUGGCUUGUUACAAAUGAUACGGGACUUUGUAUUGGGAUAUGCAGGAGUCAUCCGGAAGAGUGACUGGACCUGGCUGUCCUCGUUUCGACAGAGGCAAACCCUUGGUGUAGAUGUGCUGGAAGACUGUGAAAGGGUAUUUGAAGACUGGAAAUUGUCAUUUGAACUUAUGUCCUGA